UCGUGCAUCAUCUCCACCUGUUCCUCUCUCUCCCACUCCCUUUCCCUCCCCCUCGCCCUCGCGACCUCGCUUCGCUUAUCUACUCCUUUUCCCUUGCCCUCCCCUCCCAUCCCACCAGAAAAGUCGUUUUUUAUUUCGAGUUUCCGUCGAAGAUUCUCGACACCUGUCUCUGACUCUCUCUGCUCCUGCUCCUGCUCCUCCUCCGCCGCCGACGACCGCCGCGGCGGCCUCAGGGUGGAUCCGAGCCGGGCAGGCAGGCGGGCGAUUCGGUAUCUUGGUAGGAUCCCACUGAAUUCAGCUGUUGAACAAAAGCCAGGAAGUUGGCUGUUCUAGUGGCACUAAGUGCUAGUGGAAGUACUGUACAGGGAUCAUGGAUGCUCUUUGUGAUUUCUGCGGGAAGCAAAGGUCAAUGGUCUAUUGCCGAUCAGAUUCGGCAUCCUUGUGCUUGUCCUGUGAUCGUAAUGUGCAUUCAGCCAAUGCCCUUUCUCGACGCCAUACAAGAACCCUUCUUUGUGAUCGCUGUGUUGCACAACCUGCAUCAGUCCGUUGUCUUGAAGAGAAUAUCUCACUUUGCCAAAAUUGUGACUGGAAUGGGCAUGGGGCAGCAUCCUCAGCUGCUGGGCAUAAAAGGCAGACCAUAAACUGCUACUCGGGGUGCCCAUCGUCCGCAGAGCUUUCAAGAAUCUGGUCCUUUAUUAUGGAUAUCCCUGUUGUAGCUGCUGAGCCAAACUGUGAGGACGGAAUAAACAUGAUGAGCAUUAAUGACAGUGGCAUCAGUAACCAUUGUGGUGCUCCAGAAGAUAGCAGCUUGUUGGACAUGGCAAGCACAUCACUGAUGAGUGAUCUACCCACAGGAGACAAAUUUAAACCUUUAAUAGGUUCUUCUUCAGGUGAUGGGAUGAAUCUUCUGCCACUUAACACAGAUCAACCAGCUGAACCAGUUUCAACGACACCCAAGGCACCCUGUGUCACAGACAAAGAUAUGUUCAAUGAUGGGAGCGUAUAUGAAGACUUCUGUGUGGAUGACGCUGACCUGACAUUUGAGAAUUAUGAAGAAUUAUUUGGUACAUCUCACAUUCAAACAGAGCAACUUUUCGAUGAUGCUGGAAUUGACAGCUAUUUUGAGAUGAAGGAAGUGCCGGCAGAUGAAUCUAAUGAGCAGCCCAAACCUAUGCAGCCAGAAUGUAGCAAUGUUGCAUCUGUUGAUUCUGGGAUGUCAAACCUAGCAGCAAGGCAGGCCAUAUCCAACAUAUCCCUUUCCUUCUCUGGUUUGACUGGUGAAAGCAGCGCUGGAGAUUUUCAAGACUGUGGGGUAUCGUCAAUGAUCCUUAUGGGGGAGCCACCCUGGCAUCCUCCUGGUCCUGAAAGUUCAUCGGCUGGAGGCAGCAGAGAUAAUGCUCUUACGCGAUACAAGGAGAAGAAGAAGAGAAGAAAAUUUGACAAGAAGAUAAGGUAUGCUUCUCGGAAGGCUAGGGCAGAUGUGAGAAAAAGGGUCAAAGGACGGUUUGUAAAGGCUGGUGAAGCUUAUGACUAUGAUCCCCUGAGCCAAACAAGAAGCUAUUGAAGCCUGGUCUCAGUUGGUUGCCGUCCAGUGUUCGAGUAGCAAUUUUGAGCAGCUAACUUGAUGUUGGUUGCACACUUGCACUGCAUGCAUCACUGGAUAACACAAGCAAUUGCGGCAGAUCUUGCAAUUGAAAGCAAGACAAGGAAACCAGGCCCUGUGAUGAAAAAAAUAA